AUCGUCUAAUAAAUUAUUGAAUAUGAACAAUUUCCCCAUAAUGGCUUACGUUAUACUGUCAAGCACUCGAAUAGUCGAGCGCGCUGUCCUCUGACAGCUCUUGUUAGGUUUUGAAAUCUGCGUUUCGGUUUCAAAAAUUGCUCAUAACUUCUAUGUCGCUUAAGAUGUAAUCUUCAUAUUUGGUAUGCAUGUGUAUAUGGACAAGGCCUUUACAUACGCACACAAAUUGUGACCCCUUUGAUCUUGACCUUGAACUUAGGGUCCACGUUUAGGUUUCGAAAUAUGCGUUUAGGUUUCGAAAAAUGCUCAUAACUUCUAUGUCCCUUCAAAUGUAAACUUCAUAUUUGGUAUGCAUGUGCAUAUGGACAAGGCCUUUCCAUACGCACACAAAUUUGGACCUCCUUGACCUUGAACUUAGGGUCUGUGUUUAGGUUUCAAAAUCUGUGUUUAGGAUUUGAAAAAUGCUCAUAACUUAUAUCAAAGCGUUAAGAUGCAACCUUCAUAUUUGGUAUGCAUGUGUAUAUGUACAAGGCCUUUCCAUAGGCACACAAAUUUUGACCCCCUUGACCUUGAACUUAGGGUCCGCGUUUAGGUUUCGAAAUCUGUGUUUAGAUUUUGAAAAAUGCUCAUUACUUCUAUGUCGCUUGAGAUGUAACCUUCAUAUUUGGUAUGCAUGUGUAUAUGGACAAGGCCUUUGCAUACGCACACAAAUUUUGAUCCCCUUGACCUUUAACUUAGGGUCCACAUUUAGGUUUCAAAAUCUGCGUUUAGGUUUUGAAAAAUGCUCAUAACUUCUUUGUCGCUUCAGAUGUAACCUUCAUAUUUUGUAUGCAUGUGCAUAUGGAAAAGGCUUUUCCAUGCGCACACACAUUUGGACCCCUUUGACCUUGACCUUGAACUUAGGGUCCGCGUUUAGGUUUCAAAAUCUGCUUUUAGGUUUCGAAAAAUGCUCAUAACUUCUAUGUCGCUUCAGAUGUAACUUUCAUAUUUGGUAUGCAUGUGUAUAUGUACAAGGCCUUUCCAUACACUCACAAAUUUUGACCCACUUGACCUUGAACUUAGGGUCCGCAUUAAGGACGCAGGUUUCGGAAAAAUGCUCAUAAUGGCUUCAGAUGUAACCUUCAUAUUUGGUAUGCAUGUGCACACUGACAAGGCCUUUCCAUACGCACACAAAUUUUGACCCCUUUGACCUUGACCUUGAACUUAGGGUCCGCGUUUAGGUUUUGAAAUCUGUGUUUAGGUUUCGAAAAAUGCUCAUAACUUCUAUGUCGCUUCAGAUGUAACCUUCAUAUUUGGUAUGCAUGUGUAUAUGGACAAGGCCUUUCCAUACGCACAAAAAUUUUGACCCCUUUGACCUUGACUAUGAACUUAAGGUCUGUGUUUAGCUUUCAAAAUCUGCGUUUAGGUUUUGAAAAAUGCUCAUAACUUGUAUCAAAGCGUUUUUUGGGGGCAUUUGUCAUCCUAUGAAGACAGCUCUUGUUUAAUAGUAAAACUUACCCACAACAUUUUAUUUCAUAUUUCGGCCAAGUUCGGAGAUGUUUCUGGUCUGUUGACAAAAAACAUGGCUAUCAGGGUCCAAGGCAGUGAUCCAAAGUUAUCUAUGGUUAAACUCUUUAGAGGUCUUUAGACUAUGAUAUAUGGACAGAAUUUGAAACAGGGUCAUAUUGGGUUAAAAUCUAUGUCACUAGGUCAAAUGAAAGUUAAAAACUUGCGAGCACUCAAGAGGUCUCAUUUAUUGCCCAAUCUUCAUGAAACUUGUACAGAACAUAUGUCCACAUGAUAUUUUGUAACAGUUUAAAACUGGUUCGUAUGGAAUCAAAAACUUGGUUUCAAGGUCAAAUUAAAGAAAAUGCUUGUGAACACUCUAGAGGCCUCAUUAAAUAAUAACCACAAAUUUAUGAAACUUAGUCAGAACAUGUUUCCCAAUGAUGUAUCGAAUUAGUUUGAAACUUGAUCACUUGGGAUAACAAACUAGAUCAAUAGGUAAGUUGGAAGAAAAGCUUUUGAACACUCGUGAGGCGAUAUAUUAGUAUUAGCUUUAAUGUUUUCUCCGCAGAGUUACAUAUAAUUUCAGUCCAUUGAAAAACAUGGCUACCAUUUGGCGGGGCAAUUGUCCUUAUCUGGUCAUAAUAAAACCAUUACAACACGAAAUGUUUCAUUCAAAACAAUUAUUUAUCCCACUUUUACAGCGAAUUCGAUUGAUUAAAGCCCUGUUGAUUAAAUAUCAUCUAUAAAAAACGGCAGUAAAUGACGUCAAUAUUUCGACGAAAUGACGUCAUAAAUCCAGCGAAAUUAUCCAGUCAAACUAAUUUUGUUUAAACAAAAAGGUUUACAAAAUAAAAAGUGGGAUAAAUAGAAUAAUAGGUAAGUGUUGAUAAUAGAUCAGGUUUAUCAUGCUCGGCAUGAAAACAAAAAAGCACUCGCCAAGGCUCGUGCUUUUUGUUUUCUAAGCCUCGCAUGAUAAACCUGAUCUAUAAUCAACACUAACCUAUUAUUCUCUAUGUUACGAUAUCUGAGUUUUAUCCCACUUUUACAGCACAUUUGGUUGAUUAAAGCCCCGUUGAUUAAAUAUCAUCUAUAAUCAACGGCAGGAAAUGACGUCAAUAUUUCGACGAAAUGACGUCAUAAAUACAGCGAAAUGAUCAUGUCAAACUAAUUUUGUUUGAACAAAAAUGUUUACAAAAUAAAAAGUGGGAUAAAUAGAAUAAUAGAUUAGUGUUGAUUAUAGAUCAGGGGUAUCAUGCUCGGCACGAAAACGAAAAAGCACUCGCCAAGGCUCUUGCUUUUUGUUAUUCCCCCCUCCGAAGAAGAGGGGGUAUAUUGCUUUGCACAUCUCAGUCGGUCGGUCGGUCUGUCGGUCCGUCCACCAGGUGGUUUCCGGAUGAUAUCUCAAGAAUGCUUAGGCCUAGGAUCAUGAAACUUUAUAGGUACAUUGAUCAUGACUCGCAGAUGACCCCUAUUGAUUUUGAGGUCACUAGGUCAAAGGUCAAGGUCACAGUGACCCGAAAUAGAAAAUGGUUUCCGGAUGAUAACUCAAGAACGCUUAUGCCUAGGAUCAUGAAACUUGAUAGGUAGAUUGAUCAUAACUUGCAGAUGACCCCUAUUGAUUUUCAGGUCACUAGGUCAAAGGUCAAGGUCAUGUUGACCCGAAAUAGUAAAAUAGUUUCCGGAUGAUAACUCAAGAACGCUUAUGCCUAGGAUCAUGAAACUUCAUAGGUAGAUUGAUAAUGACUGGCAGAUGACCCCUAUUGAUUUUCAGGUCACUAGGUCAAAAGUCAAGGUCACGUUGACCCGAAAUAGUAAUGGUUUCUGGAUGAUAACUCAAGAACGCUUAUGCCUAGGAUCAUGAAACUUCAUAGGUACAUUGAUCAUGGCUCGCAGAUGACCCCUAUUGAUUUUCAGGUCACUAGGUCAAAGGUCAAGGUCACGGUGACCCGAAAUAGUAAAAUGGUAUCCGGAUGAUAACUCAAGAACGCUUAUUCCUAGGAUCAUGAAACUUGAUAGGUAGAUUGAUCAUGACUCGCAGUUGACCCCUAUUGAUUUUCAGGUCACUAUAUCAAAGGUCAAGGUCACGGUGACCCGAAAUAGUAAAAUGGUUUCUGGAUGAUAACUCAAGAACGCUUAUGGCUACGAUCAUGAAACUUCAUAGGUACAUUGAUCAUGGCUCGCAGAUGACCCCUAUUUUGAGGUCACUAGGUCAAAGGUCAAUGUCGUGGUGACCCGAAAUAGUAAAAUGGUUUCCGAUUGAUAACUCAUGAACACUUAUGCCUAGGAUCAUGAAACUUCAUAGGUACAUUGAUCAUGACUCGCAGAUGACCCCUAUUGAUUUUCAGGUCACUAGGUCAAAGGUCAAGGUCAUGGUGACCCGAAAUAGUAGAAUGGUUUCCGGAUGAUAAAUGAAGAACACUUAUGCCUAGGAUCAUGAAACUUGAUAGGUAGAUUAAUCAUGACUCGCAGAUGACCCCUAUUGAUUUUCAGGUCACUAGGUCAAAGGUCUAGGUCACGGUGACCCGAAAUAGUAAAAUGGUUUCUGGAUGAUAACUCAAUAACACUUAUGGCUAGGAUCAUAAAACUUCAUAGGUACAUUGAUCAUGACUCGCAGAUGACCCCUAUUGAUUAUCAGGUCACUAUGUCAAAGGUCAAGGUCACUGUGACAAAAAACAUAUUCACACAAUGGCUGUCACUACAACGGAGAGCCCAUGUAGGGGGCAUGCAUGUUUUACAAACAGCCCUUGUUUUCUUAGCAUCGCAUGAUAAACCUGAUCUAUAAUCAACACUUUCAUAUUAUUCUCUAUAAAUAUGAUUGUGGUUUGUUUAAAAAAAAACAAAGCCAUCAGGUGAUUGGCACAGUUUUAAUGUUAAACCUAGUGAACACUUCCUGCUCUGAACAGAUUGGUUCCUUUGGGUCUUUUAUGUUCAUGCUAAAACUUUGUCCAGGGCAACUUUUGACUUUAAUAUGAGGUAUCAAGAUGAAACGUCAUUGGUAGUAAGCAAGAAUUGUUUUAAAACCUGUUCUUUAAUCUUGAAUGCCAAUGCCUUGCAACAAAGUGGCGCGUGGGCAGGGCUUAAUACAAGACAUUUCUAGUUUUUAUUGAUAAUUCAUUUAUCCAGAUGAUAUUAUGUAGGUAACAAAAUAGGAAUUAAAGUAUAUUUUAUAAAAAAAUAAAUACCAGUAUAUAAGAUGAAUGGUAUGUUAAAUUGUAUUUUGUUAACGACAAACCAACAGGAAAUAAAAAAAAAUGUAUUGCCACUUGUGUUACCAACUUAUUAGAGCUGCAAUAAAUUUUCUUUUGUUUUUGAAGAAGGUACUUACAAAUUAAUUGUUUUUAAGAAUACAGAUAGCUGAUUCUUGUUUAUACCAUUGUUACAAAGUUGCCCUGGUUGCUUUUUUAAUCGAUUCCUUGAAUUGAGAUACUUACUCUUUGUAUGCACGAAUAAACAAUUUGUUAAAUCACUUAGGUUAGUAAUGUUUUAUGUCACAUGACCAGUGACAAAAUGACCUUGUUUACUGGCAAUAUAACAUUGCAUACAAAAUCUCAGCUGAUUUGUAUUUGAUUUUAUUAAGCUGGACAUUACUUGUUCAUUCACUUUGAAGUAUAGCUAGAUUGGUGUAUUUUGUUUUGUUUGAUGAUCAAUAAGAUUAGAUACCUUAUUAUUUGAGCUAAAUCAAAGAUUUAGAGAUCAAAAGCUUCAGUGAUCUAUAAAAUGGCGACCUUUUUGCAACCCACCAUUGACAAAGGAUCUGAUAUGGUCCACGACUUCUUGUGUUCGACCUGCAAAGACAAGAAACUGGAUGAAUCAGCUGAAUAUUAUUGCGAAUCUUGCGUAAAGUUUUUCUGCGGGAAAUGCAUCGACCUGCGCGGCCAGUUGUAUACGAAACAUUCCCCUCAUGGACGUGGAGAUAUGAAGAAUUGGCCAGUUGCCAAGAAGGUGGAAGAUUUUCUUCUUAAAUGUGAUGUUCAUAAAGAAGAAAACAAUGACAUGUUUUGCAAAGACCAUGGCCAGCUGUGCUGCAAUAAAUGUGUUUUCAUGAAUCACAGGACAUGCACAACAGUGAUGCUUUUAUCAGCCUUGCUUAAAAAUACAUCUAUAGACCUCAAACAAGUAUCAGUUACUAUUCAGACUACUCUGGCAAAACUUAAGGAGCUUCAAGACAACCAGGAGGCUAGUAUUCGGUCUGUGCAAAGUUCAUACGAUGAGCAGUUACACAAAAUACAGGAAACUCGUAAAAAUAUAAUUGCAGCCUUAAACAAGCUUGAAAAGAAGACACUGAGGGAAAUGAAAGAUACACUGAUCAAACUGCAAGCCCCUCUUAAUAGUGAUAUUGACAAAUGUGCAACUCUUCGAGGUGAAUUAAAACAACUUGGAGACGCUAUUCACAACAUUAGUGAUAAAAGCAAGCAGGAACUAUCUCUUAUAGCCAGCAUUAAAUGCCAGGUUAAAAUACAGCAGUUUGAAAAAUAUCAGAAGGAGAACUUUGUUGAAGUAAAAUCUUCAAUAAUUUUCCAGCCAAAUUUUGAAAUUGUGCAGUACUUGUCGAAGUUAUCAGAGCUUGGGAGAAUCGAACACAGUAUCCAGACAUUUGGGAAGUCUGAGUAUGAUGUACACUUAGGUGAUUCAAAUGAUUCAAAAUGCAGUAUCAGAGACAUAUGUGUCCUCCCUGAUGGACAUGUGUUGAUUGCAGACUUGGGCAAUAGUAAAAUCAAACUGUUGAAACAGCAGUACCAGCUGGUGAGUAAUUGUAGAUUAUCUGGCCAGCCAUGGGGCAUGAGUGUGAUCACACCCACUGAGGUUGGUGUUACUGUUGGUUCAAAGGUCAAGUUUAUCAAAGUCAACAACUGCCAGCUUGUGAAGGUCAGAAAUUUAAAGUUACAACAUGAAUGUAUAGGUAUUGCCUACGAUGAGGGAGACCUGUUUGUACCCUCUGGGACUGCACGUUUUAAGUACACGCUGAGUGGUAAACUAGUCAGCAAACUGCAUGAGGACAAAUCAGAUAAAUAUACAGUGUUGCGUUGUGCAGUUAGCCCGACAGGUGGCAAGUUGUACAUCACUAACCGCUCCCAGCACAAGCUCCUUACCCUGGCCAGGGAUGGAUCAGUCCUUGCCAUCUUCAUGGACCCUGAGCUUCAGUGGCCAACUAAUGUACUGGGGGAUUAGUGAACAACAACAUGAUCCUGGUGUACAAAGUGAAAUAGCUAACAAUUCUUGUAUCUGAUUUGUAUUAUAUAAAUAUGUGUAUUAUAGUACUAUAAUUAGUGAUCUAAAUUACAAUAGCUGUCAACUAUUGUUAUGUUACAAUCCAACAAUAUUUUUAAUAUAGUACAGUUUGUAUAUGUGUGGUAUUAGGUGAUGAAAGUAACAGUAGCUGUUUAUGUACCGGUAAUAGUGUAUGUUACAAUGUAAGAAUGUUUUUGAAAUGUGGAUACACAUAUUAUUCUAAAAAUAUUACUUUUUUUAAUGUGUGUUUUUUAAUUGGUAAGUCUUAUGUGUGAGUCUUAAGUGCCUUAUAUUAAUGGUUUACUUUGUUCUUUGAAAACUUUAGGUUUAUGGACCCAUAUGAUCUUCUAUGCAAGUAGCUCAGAGUCCAUUCGAGCAAAUGUGUUUAGUCAUAAUCGCUUUUGUUAGCUUGGAGAGAUAACGGUUUUGGAAUAAUUACGCAUGCCCAUCCGACCCCCGGAGAACAGAAUUUUCCGCCACAAUAAAUUAAACAAAUUUAUCCCCCACAAAUUCUGGGCCAGCGCUAUAAGGUCGUACUGCGAGAUAGUCUGUUAGCAAUCCAACGGGACCCAAUGUGGACUCAGGCUCGUAUGGGAUCCUGAUUGUAACCGGAAUAAAAAACUGAUUUUUAUGUUUCCUUAAUUUGACAAGAUUGGCGUGUUUAUCUCCCGUAGCCCUAAUGUCGGCGAUUUGCUAUGGAAGGGAAUAUCCGCCAGUCCAUGCAUGAUGUUAAAUGACAUUCUCAUUUUUACUACUAGCAUAUGCUUUCUGAUACACGGUAGUUGCAUUUUGCCUAGUUACAUUUGCGAUGCAGACACUUCAUCUCAUUGUCGCAUAUUGAUAAGUUUAUAAUUGCUUCAUAUAUAUCUUUACUUCGUGUGUGUUAUUGACAACUGUAGUUAAACUUUUGGACUUUGUAUUAAUGCUUAUUCUAACAGCGUUCUUUGUUUAACUAUGUGCAUUUCGCUAUGUUGCUACUGAAUUUAACAAGCUGUUAAUAUCUUUGUGGAUCUAUAUUACUUCUUAAGUCGAUUGCUAGUGCGUCUCUGAUUUAGAAUUAGUCUUCGCUUUUGCAUACCGCCAUUAUAAAUAGUUCACAAUGCGAAAAUGGGAACCAGUACUAAAUCAAAGUACUGACAGUACUGAUGUGACGAUGCUUUUGAAGAGGAUAGAUAUAAAAGCAUCAAUUUAAGUUUAUCUACAUCACCAAAAUUGUGUAUGUGGGUACGAAAAUGUUAAGUACGAAACAAAAAUGGGUAAGAAAAUUGUGGGUACAAAAAUUAUGCCAAAAAAUGGGUAAAAAAAAUGGGUAGGAAAAAAAUUUGGGUAGGAAAAAAAAUUGGAUAGGAAAAAAAAAUUUGGUUACGAACAAAAAUUUGGAUACGAAAAAAAAAUGGGUACGAAAAAAAAAUUGAGUACGAACAAUUUUGGGUAAGAAAAAAAAAAUUGGGGUACGGGGAAGUAGUACCUGUGGGGAACUUGACCCAUUCCGCGAAACUAGGAGACGGGUUACAUUCUCGAUCAAAUAUAACAAGAAAUAUCUUUAAAAAUAUAUUCGACAUGUACUUUCUGUACCACUUAUCUUAAAAAACGUUCUGUUACAGAAAAGGUUUGUGCGUUUUAACAUUACGAUUCAGCAGAUAUAUUCAAAACUUGACAUUGUCUUUAAUUACACCAUGCUCUUUUUUUUCACAUGUA